AUGUCCGACUCCGAAGCGGCAGCCGCAACGGCUGUAGCAGCGACCGUUCGCGAAUUCAAUGUUGAGCUAUGGACACAGUAUGGAUUCGGCGUCCUCAUAACUGCUCUCAGGUCAUAUGCUCGAGUGAACACCGUAGGUUUCACAGACCUUCGGGUAGAUGACUACCUCAUCUGGUUUGCCAUAUUCACGCUGGCAUUCUUCGCCGUCAAUCAUGGCCAGGGUCUUGCCAACAAUGGUAUGACAGAUGCCGCGCGAGCUGCUCUGGAUCCGGACUCUGAGGAAUACCGACUCAGGUGCCAGGGUGCUGUGAGCAGGCCAAUUGUCUUCGUGACGUACAUCGCAAGCGUGCUCACCGAUAUCUACCUCAUUAUGAUACCCCUUCCAAUGCUUUGGGGUACAAGGCUAAAAUUAGCAAAGAAGAUUGGCGCCACCAUCGUGCUCGGUGCGGGAGUGUUUGUCCUCGUUUGUGCUACUUUGAAGACUAUCUUCGUGGAAGUGGAUCCCAUCCACGGCGCAGAGCUUGCUGGGAGAUGGGGUACGCGAGAAGCCUUCGUCUCAGUCGUCACCACAAACCUCCCCAUGAUGCUCCCCCUUGUCAGGAUGUGGCUCAAGCCGCUAUUGGGUAGCGCAAUCUUCUCGUCUCACAUGCCAUACAAACAUCCAACUGGCUUCCGAACCAUCGGCGGCGGCGAUGGAUAUAAUAAGAACAACUCCCACAAGUCUUCUAGUAAUAAACGUCGUGGACAAAAGGCUAGCUCUAACAACCAACAUGCAACGAGCGGCACCAUACCACUCACCGAGAGCGAGGAGCAGAUUUUUCAGGAUGUAAAGUUGCAGAAUUUGAGAGUUUCUGCGUAG